AUGGCGUUUCCACCCCAGCAGCAGUGUGGCUGGAGGGAGACAGCUGGAGGGAUGAGCCAGGCCUUCGGAGCCUGCGUGAGGCACACUUCCAGUUAUGAGUGCCCGCGGGGACCUCAGAGCAGUGCUGCACUGGGGUUUUGGUUCAUGUGUUCAUCAGACGAGCAGUUCCGCUGGAACACUCAAGCUGAUGGCCAGAGGGACGUCCAGGAGGACGGCCAGAGGGACAUCGAGGACGAGCUGACCACCGGCCUGGAGCUGGUGGACUCCUGCAUCCGCUCCCUCCAGGAGUCCGGCAUCCUGGAGCCCCAGGAGUUCUCUGGCGGGGAACGACCCAGUCUCCUCUCCCAGAGUUCUUUGCAGCUCAACUCUACCCCGGAGGCUUCACUCCAGUACUCCGCCAGCUACCAUAGCAACCAGACCCUCGCCCUCAGCGACAGUGGUGCCGCGGCAACGCCACAGCGCAGCGGGCAAGUUAGGGGGGCCGUUCACAGCUACAACCAGGUGACGUCCAGCCGUGCAGCCCAGGCAGCAGGAGGAGCAGCAGGAGUCGGAGGACCAGGAGGAGGAGGGACAGGUCUGUACUACUCCUGCUCCACGCUGCCGGCCCAGAGGGUGAGCUCCCCGCUGACGGGGGCGGGGUCAGGCUCGGCCUCGCCCAGCAAGCUGCAGCGCCUCGGCACGUCGGCCGACGCCCCCGGCUACUCCAGCGGCCAGCGCCUGCCCUCCUCAUCCUCACCCAACAAGCAGUCGCCUGGCACCCGCCUGGCCAAGUCCUACAGCACCACCGUUGCCGUAACGACAGCGGGAGGGGCGGGGUCUCCGCUAAGGGUGGCGUCUCCGCCUGGCUCCACGGUUGCCGGGGGAGGGGCCAGCGCGUCAUCGUCCCCGCUCCACCAGAUGAGCUCGGGCAUAGGGAGUUAUGCCACGCUGUCACCUAAACGCCUGGCCGCUCACCAUGCCUCCGACCAGUACAAGAUCUCCCACGAGCUGUACGCCACUGCCACCCUGCAGAGACCGGGCAGCCUGGCAGGAUCCAGAGGCUCCUACAGUAGUCAGCACAGCCAGUAUGCCCCGGAGCUAAGGCCCCUGGGGUCCCCAGACCACCACAUAGAGCCCAUCUAUGAGGACCGCGUCUACCACAAGGGCCCCAUGAGGAGCCUGGGCCAGAGUCAGGGGGACCUGGGCCCCUAUCGCAACAACACUGGUGAGACGCUGUCAUAA